GCUGGCAGGGGCUGGAGACUGGAGCGUGGCUGACUGGAGUUGCAGUUGUAACAGAGGGGAAGCAGGCAGAGGGGAAGCAGGUGGGGGUGUGGCUCUGGGGCAGACAUCAGGCGGGACCUCUGUAGCCAGGGUGCACGGUCUGGCUGGGGCCUGAGGAAGGGCUGCAGCCGCGGGUGGGGUUAAAGGUUUUGUAGGGUGGCCCUGAGGAGCUUCGCUCAGCGCCUGAGCACCGAGGACUCCCCACAGGCCUGCAGCAGCAGGAGCAUGAGUGAGCAGGGCAGGGAGACAGAGACGGAGGAGGACGAGGGAGGCGGGGCUUCGGACACAGCGCCCAUGCUGCCCCGGAGACCUCCCGACCACCAGGCUUCAGCCCUGACAUGCCCAGGGUGGCUGGGCCUGGCUGCCCGAGGCCUCGGGCCCCUGCUGCUGCCGGGCCGGCUGCUGGCCAGUCUCCUGCUGCACCUGCUGCUGCCUGCCACAGCCUUCCUGCUGGUGCUCCUGCCCGCCGCGGCGGUCGUCUACCUGGGAUUCCUGUGCCACUCGAGGGUCCACCCGGCUCCCGGUCCCCGGUGCCGCGCGCUAUUCUCGGACCGCGGCUCCGCGGCGCUGAUCGUGUUCGGGCUCCUCUCGCUGCCGCCGCUGCUGGUGCUCGCCUCGGCCGUCCGCGCCCGCCUGGCCCGGCGCCUCCGCCCGCUGCUGCCUCCGCCCGCUCCGACCCCCGGACCCCGCCGCUCCCUGGGGCGCCCCGACGGGGAGGGGCAACUCUGCGCCUGGGUUUGACCCGGGGCCGCUUCGAAACCCCGGGAGGCCUCCACCGCGUGGCCCGGCCCGGGAGACUGAGGGUGGUGCCCGCUCCUGUCCCCCCCGCAGGGCCCGAAGAACCCCGGCUGCGACCCCGGCCUCCCCCGCGUGCAGCCCCGCCCCGCCGCGGAGGGGAGGGGAGGACAAGGGCGGCAGGGCCCAGCCCGGCUGGCGGCGCUGCAGGGGAGCGGCAAGGCGUCCCGCACCUGCCCGGGCCCCGGCCUCCAGCGUCCAGGGCUGUGGGGCUCCCUGCGGAGAGCGCCGGGCUCGGCCAAGCCCAGGGUUCCAGCAGGGCCCAGCCUGCGGCCAGGCUUGCAUUCAGACAGGCACCAGCAUCAGUCCACUGCUGACAAGUGGACUGUCCAGGAAGAGUGGACUGUCCGGUAGCCUCUGCGGUGCUCCUAGGAGUGCCUGCUGUCACCCGCCCGGCCCCGUGUAAGCCACUGGUCCACAGCGUUCCUCUGCUCCGGAAAUCCCUCAACCGUGACCUCCAGUUUCGCCAGGAAUUCCUUCUCCACACCCUCACCUUUUUCUUUCACCUCCCUCACUGUCUCCUCCGUCUAAUCUGCUGAUUAACUCAUCCGUUUUAUCCUAAAUUAUUAUGUUAACAUAUCCAGGCCAGGCACCUUGGCUCGGGCCUGUAAUCCCAGCACUUUGGGAGGCUGAAGUGG